UUGUGCUGUGCGGAUGUGUGCGCGCUGUUGUUGUCUGGUAAACCGAAUCGCUACGAGCUACAAACUUCGAAUCCAUAGUCUAGAGCCGCUCGGCGGUCCGUUCAGCCCCGCCAAGCCCCCGCCCCCCUGACCAAACGCCCACGCUAACGGUCGAGGAAAAGCUGAAGAAAAGCGCGCGCGACAAGUGAAGCACACAGGUUAUCUGUGUUCGAAUGGGUGAAACAGUGCGCCAGUGUUUAUUUGUGUGAUUUCUUUUGUUUGCUGGCCAAUUGUGGGGCUUAAUUGAAUGCUUGUCUCAUAUGGGCCAACAGAACCCACAGGCCAAAAACAACAACAGCGGCAAAAGCCUACUCGAGUGUUUCGCAACGCCAUAAAAAAGCAUAUAUAUUGGAAAAAAAGAGGAGAAAUACCAAAGCGGUACAUACACACGCAUAUAUCGACGAGAAGAGAAGCUAAGCCAGAAAUACUAUAUAUAUCUCCUAUGGACUGGCAACCUGUUGUCUAAGCUAAUUCCGCACUCCUUUAAUGAACUUUGGCGUCUAAGCGAAUUCCAAACCAGUCAAAACAGCCAACAAAUAAAUAAAUCAUUUGAGAUUAAAACUACCAGCGACAUGCCACCCACCGAACUGAGGAGACUUACCCUGGCCGUGGUCAUCGCGACCAUUGGCCUGGCUCUUGGAGCCGGAGGAGUCCUGGGCGAGAGCUCGUCCAGCUGCGGACCCAACUUCCCAGCGGCUUGCAGUUGCGGCACGGAGUUGUACGAGAGCGAUAUGCAGUACGUGGUGAACUGCACGAACGCCGGACUGCGCAACACCAGUGUGCUGGAGUUCAUGCCCGAGCAGGUGGAGGUGCUCAUCUUCACGGGCAACCGCAUCACCGAACUGCCGUGGAACGUCUUCGGCAGCAUCAACGACUACAAGCAGCUGCGCAUCGUGGACAUGAGCAGCAACCACAUCCGCGAGAUCCGCGGCAAGAGCUACCACCAUGUGCCGCGUGUGGAGCGCCUGAUCCUCAAUCACAACAACUUGAGCAUUUCGCGGUUCGACGACGAGGUGAAUCACCAUCAUCCGCGCGUCUUCUCGAACUUCAUCAACCUGCAGAGUCUGCAUCUAACCGACGCCUUCGAGGACAACAGCUCGCCGCAGCUGAGCGAGGAUCUGCACGACAUCUUCGUGAACAGCCAGCUGGUGAAGCUGCAGAAACUGCAUCUGGAGCAGAACGAGAUCACGCACUUCAAGGAUCGCAAUGUCUUCUGCGAUUUGCCUUCGCUGCGGGAUCUUCAUUUGGGGGACAACGAGCUGAGGGACUUGAACUUCGAGGUGCGCUGCCUGAACAACCUGCGCUUCCUCGACUUGGAGCGCAAUAAGUUUGGCUUUGUGAAGCCCACCGAUUUGCGUGUCCUUAACGAACUGGAGGAGCGUCCCAAUCGCACGGCCAACUUGAUUGUGGACUUUAACCUCAACCCCUUUGUUUGCGAUUGCCGCAUUGCGCCCUUCCGCACGUGGAUACCCAACACCAAGGUGACCGUGCGCAACAAGGACAGCUUGAUGUGCUUCCACACGCCGGAACAUGUGGAUCCGUCGCCCAUCCACCUCCUGCAAAUGGACAUGGGUCAGUGUGCGGAGGCCAUUGCCGCCGCUGCCACCAUCCUGAAUACCGCCGAAGAGGAGCAGCGCUACGGAGGCGCCGAGGCGUCCAUCCAGCCGCAGGCUCACAUCAGCGGACACACGGCCACGCUGAUCUUCCUGCUGAUCGUGCUCAGCAUGAUCCUGCUCGGUCUUCUGGUGGCCCUCGUCUACGUCAGUCGGGAUAAGUUGAAGUACAUGAUCACGCCCGUGUUCGAUAACGUGGCCAAAAAGGUGCAGUACACAUCGAUCAAGGACGAGGACUGCCCGGAAGUGCACGUUUAGGAGCUGCACAUCAACACUUCACUCACAGGAUCAACACGAAAAGGAAGAGGAAGGGGAAUGAGGCCCGGUUUUAAAUAUCAAAUCCGCUCUAAAGUAACGCCUUUGGAAUUCAUACAAUUUGUUCAAAUCCACAAGAGUUCCUGCCAUUUCAAUUUGCUGAAGAUCUAAGCGUUUUUUUUACCAAAAUUUAAUUUUCUAAGAAAUGUAAAACAGCUACAGUCUUUUUAAAAUUACACCAAUAAGGCAUGUGAAAAAAGAAAGUUUGAUCGGAAUGAAAUCCACAACCGGGCCCAAAGCCUCGAUUUUGUUUUUGCCAUUCGCGUUACGCAAAACGUGUGCCAUUCACACCAGAAAGGGAUAAAAAGGAGGAAACAAUUGGAUCAUAUUAAAGUCUUAAUCAAUAUCAGGACUUCAACCUCUUGUUUCAUAGUACUUAAGCCAAUUGUUGCAUUUAACAGCGGAUGGAAUGUGGCCACAAGAAAUACUGCAACACAAAACCACAUAACACAGACAACACAAACAAUUUCGUUAGUUUUAGCGGUUUUCUAUCUUAACCUUAAGUGAGUUAUUUGUUCUAUGAUUUCCACACAAAGGAAUCGUACGAGGGGAGAAGGCAAAGCGGGCCUGUAACAACCGAUUUGACCACACAUAUAUAGUGACAUAUAUAUAUAUAGAAACAGACACAUAUAUAUACAUGCAUAUAUCGUAACAAACACUUUAGUGUUAUCUGUGAUUUAAGUUUAGUAGCUUUACUUUGUUGAAACUCUGCAGAACGAACAUUUAAAAUCGAAAUUGGAAAAAAUAAAACAAACUUUAAUUCUUUUCUAACAUAACAGAUAAUUCUACACGUAAUGAAAAAAUGUUUCGAUGCUUAAUAUGUUAUUAAUCAAUUAUUUUGUCAAUUAUACUAGAUAUACGAUAAUUUCAUCCUUGAUUAACUACCAAUAACAAGCAUUUUUUAUAAAUAAACUUUUGAAAAAUGAA